UGGCACUACCCACCCGAGUUCUGGGACAGACUCUCGACGAUUCCGCUGAUCCGCUCGGCCCUGGAAGAGCUUGACCGGCGGAUUUGCGAACAACCUGCCCCUCCUCCCCCGUCGUCGCCGACAGAGCCCGCUGCCCAAGACCUCGCCCGAUUUGCACGCCACGGCGGACCAGACCUGCGCGAUCUUCGAGGGUAUCCUGCUCCUGUGCUGAGCAAGCACCAUACUGCUGCUACUAUGAGCUCCUUAUCUAGAAGCCAAGCAAUCAAAUCUACCGAUCCAACAACGGUUAUGACCAAGUCAGAGACAACCAAGAGUAGAAAGUCAUCCCCUUACAAUCCUGGGUUCGAUCAGCAUUUGACCGACCAUGGCAUUCAUACCAUCUGGAAGUCGCAAAAGCUAAACUUGGAGGAAGUAAAAGUGGCACUCAUGGCUCCAAGGCUAUCACUCUCGCUCUCUUGCUUCUCAGACAAUGCUUUCGAGACUUUCUAUGAGACUAAUGCUCAGGCAAAGGAUAAAGAUGAUGUGUACAAAUACGUUCUUCCCACCAUUACUAGCUCUCGGAAAGAUAAUUAUUCCUUCACUGCGAAUAUAGCUUUCGGGAAUCUAGCACCGCUCACUGAUGGAACUAUAGUAGCAGCUAAGCCGGACAUCGCUCUAGGAGCUCUCCCUGAACAACUCAACUCAACUAUUCGCAGCGAGCUCCAACACUACAUUAUCCCUUCCACUUCGACGGAUCGAUUGAUAGCGCCCAACUUCUUUCUGGAGGCGAAGGGCCCGCAUGGAUCUGCAGCAGUAAUGAUGCGACAGGCUCGCUAUAAUGGAGCAAUCGGUACUCGGGCUAUGCAUAGCCUGCAGAACUAUGGUCAGGAGGAGCCUGUAUAUGAUAGCAAGGCUUAUACCUACAGCUCAACCUACCAUGAUGGCCUACUCCAGCUAUUCGCUCAUCAUGCUACUGCGCCCGCAACAUCAGGAGGCCAGCCCGAGUACCACAUAAACAAGAUCAGGAUAUUUGCUAUGACAGAUAUGCGUGAAACUUUUGUUCAAGGAGCUGCUGCAUACAGGAAUCUGAGGGACCUAGCAACGCAGCAGCGAGCUACAUUCAUCGAGGCGGCCAACGCU